CGAACAAAAACCCAUUUGUGUUUCCUAUACACACACUCCUGGUCGCGUUCUCUGGGCAAUAGCAGCAGCUUGCAAGAGGGAGCGUUGCGGAAAAUCGAUUGUAUCGCUAAGAAAGCAAAAAAAAAAAAACAGAGCGGAAACAACGGACACCAGUUUCUGCAUUCGGAUUCGGGAAAAACGCACUCGACUGUCCCGUAAUCCGUCCCGAAAGAAACAAAAGGGCUGGUGGUGUGUGCAAUCAAAAACGGGCCUGUGAUAGCAGCAACAACAAAUGCAAAAGCGAAAAGUGUCAUCCAGGCAGCUGCUGCUGAAGUGAAAAUUUCCAUCCAUUCUACCCAACUUGCAAGGUAGGACGACCAACAGAGAAGGUAAAGAGGGCUUUGGAAAAGCAUCCCUUCUGGUGGUCCGUGUGUUGCGAUUGCUGUUCGUGUGUUUUCUCGUGCGGUACAGGUGUGGAAGCGAAUAAUUUGCGUACCAAAAACUACGCCAUUAGUAGUGUUAUUUCCUCUUUGCGUACAGCGCAAAACACGGAAGCGCAAGUUGGUAGCUGUAGGCAAGAAACCAACCAACAGCAAAAAAAGGUGGGUUUUAAAGCAGCAACCUGAGAAAAAUACCGAGCUGUGCGUGUAUGUGUGUGCGUGUGUGGGUUGAAAACGAUACCAAAUUGCAGCACCGCGUAACAACAAUAAAAACAACAAAGCAGUGCAAUUUACCAAGAAAAGUGCUAAAAUCUACAAAAUCUUGUACAAAACAAGUGUGAGAGAGAGAGAGAGAGCGAAAGAGUGCACGAGAGUGAGAAAACAGGAAAGCAAGAACAUUCACACACCGCUGUUUCUAUUGAUUUCAUGAGGUGAAUUUGGAGCAGAAAUGUCAAUCGGAAAAUUUCGCACCUAAAAGAAAGUGAAGCAAAAAGCCUUUAUUUGGGGUAGUAGCAUCUUUCUAAUGCCCACUUGUUUGUUCUGUGCAACGCCCUAUUUGAGGGAUGCUUCUUAAAUUGCAUACCGAAAAUGUUCAGUAGUGCGAUAGGAAAAAAGGUGGAAAACCAAGUGAAUUAGUGCUAAUUCCAACACACGCAUAACGCAGUGUUCCGUAUGAAUGGAGUGUGUUGUGUAUUGUGAAGUGAUUCAAUAAUAGUGAAAUAAUCACGGAAGUGAGGUUAUCCUUGAUCCUUUCUGUUAUCCUUGCCGGAUAACGUUUACCCCGGUUGUAGCUUUGUGAGUGUGCGUGUGUGUGUGUGUGUUUGGUAAAAGGAUUGAUUCAUCGUUGCGUUGCGUGAAAGCAGGCGAGCGUAUUCACACAUUCAUAACAACACCAACGCCAACAACAACAACAAACGCACGCGUUUUGCAGAUAAAAGUGCAGAUUUGAGGGCAGCGAUUGUGAAAUUCCGUUGUGAGUUUCACAGUGCUAGAAAGGAGAAAACCGGGGUAACCCAAACAGGGGGGGAGCCUUCCUUCUUUCGCCUCGUAUCCCCGGACAGCUUCUUCGCCGGGAAAACAUCCUGGAAGUGGUGGAGGGCUGGCGCAACGUAACGACGACGACGACGAGGACGCCGAAAAACUUGGUUGGUUUGUAGCGGCUUGGCCAAACCACCCAACAGCAGGAUGGAGAUUGUUGGGAGUUACGAGUACAACAGCAAAGAAAUCAUCGGCCAUGGCGCGUUUGCGGUGGUUUUCAAGGGCCGCCAUCGCGAGGCACACUACCCGGUGGCGAUCAAAAGCAUCACGAAGAAAAGCCUGGCCAAAUCGCAGAGUCUGCUCGGGAAGGAGAUAAAAAUCCUGCAGGAGCUCAGUGCCCUGAAGCACAAGAAUGUGGUUAAGCUGCUGGCCUGCACGGAGAAGGAUCAGAAUGUGUUUCUGGUCAUGGAGUACUGUAACGGAGGAGAUCUGGCCGAUUAUCUAGCAGUGAAAGGAACGCUCAGCGAAGACACCAUCCGAUUGUUCCUCGGACAACUGGCAAACGCGAUGAAGGCCCUGUACAAAGCGGACGUUGUGCAUCGGGAUUUAAAACCGCAAAACAUUCUUCUCUCCCAUGCCUGCGGAAAAGGUUUACCCUUACCGUCGAAGAUUACGCUCAAGAUAGCCGACUUUGGGUUCGCCCGGUUUCUACAGGAUGGAAAUAUGGCAGCAACCCUGUGCGGCUCGCCGAUGUACAUGGCUCCGGAAGUGAUCAUGUCACUGCAGUACGACGCCAAAGCCGAUCUCUGGUCGCUGGGCACCAUCGUGUUCCAGUGUCUCACUGGCAAAGCACCAUUCCAAGCCCACACGCCCCAGGAGCUGAAAAUGUUCUACGAACGGAACGCCAAUCUGGCCCCAAAGAUUCCAUCUGGUACUUCCAAGGAGCUAACGGACUUGCUGAUGGGGCUGCUGCGGCGCAAUGCCAAGGAGCGCAUGAACUUUGACACGUUUUUCAAUCAUCCGUUCCUGCAGCGUGCCGAAACACCGCAAGGAACGAAUGAUCCCACUCAACUACCAGGAGCAGCUCCAUUCGGAGCGACGGCCGGCAAAGUGAGCAGUCCGCAUCAGAAAACAGCACCAAUCACACUCCAACAGCAGCAGAAGCUUCAUCAUCACCAGCAGCAGCAGCAGCAGCAUCAACCAAGUCAGCAGCCAGCACAACAUCACGACCAUCAUGCUCAAAAGCAGCAGCAACAGCAGCAACAGCAGAAACAGCAACACCUGCAAGAGCUGGCAAAGAAGCAGACGGUCGAAAACAAUAAUGUGCCGAUUGCUGAAAUUGAUGACAGUGUGGCAACGAUCAGUGCAAACAAUACAUCCAACAGUAGUCCGGAAGAGUCGGAUGACUUUGUCCUUGUUCCGAACAAUAUUCCGGUCGAUCCCGGCCAUGGUGGUAGCUAUGACAAGAGUAAACCAACUCGAGUGCCUCAACCGAUGUCCCAGGCGCAGGCGAGUCCGCCUCGACCCAGCACGUUACCGAUCUCAGAACCGAAACCCGUCCCUACGGCUGCUAGAAAGGUGUCUCGUCCCCAGGCACAAACACCUCCAAAGAACAAUUCAAUACCUCGGUCGGAGCCUAUCAACAUGAAGCGAUCGGAAAAUCGAGGCAGCAACUGUGAUAUCCGAUCGAUCUCACCACCGGCAGUACAGUUCGCGAUCGGCACACCGCCAUCCUGCGGUCGGCGAAGAUCGACGUCCGGUGGUUCGCUGUCGGAGACGCCACCACCGCCAAGCUGCUGGACCGUCAGCCCGGGCUCGCAUCACUCUCCGCUGCGCCGCUCCGGCACGAGCUCACCCGUGAUGAACAAUGUGCUCUCGAAGCUGCCCGCCCUGGGCAGUCCCACCACGCUGAUGGGUGGCGCAGAGAACAACAACCACCAUCAUCAUCACCAUCACCACGGUCAUCCGCUCGGGUCGGGACGGGCUUUCACGCUGCCCGAGCUCGGUGCCGCCGGAGGAGGGCUGCAGAACUAUCUGGACGAUCAUACGAUCGAUGAUCAUCCGAUCAAUUUCCACGCACCGGAACUGCACGCGGAAACGCUGCUAGAUCGCGAUCAUAACGAAACGCUCGCUAAGCUGAACUUUGUCGUUGCGCUGACGGACUGCAUACUCGAUGUGGCCGACUCACGCUGUGCUCCGCUGUCCUCGAUGAUGCUAGCCGACGCACAACCGGUACCACCUCACCAGCCGGAACACUGCAAGCGGGCUGAGCGGUUGGUGCUGCUUGUGCGAGCACUCCAUCUGCUGUCCGCCGGAAUGAAUCUAGCGUCGGCGCAGAUACGGGCCGGCAAUCUGAAGCCUUCCAACAGUGUGAAAAACGUAUUGACCACCAUGCACGCUAAGUACCGGUCAACGUUGAUCGAAUCGAAAAAGCUGAACAGUGCCGGGCUGCUGCAGCGGGCUAACGCCAGCAAUAUUACUGCGGAUAAAAUUAUCUUCGAAUUCGCACUGCAGAUGUGUCAAAUGGCAGCGGUGGACGAACUGUUCAACAAACCGGCCGAAUGUUUCCCGCGGUACCAAUCGGCCCAAAUACUGCUCCACUGGUUAGCGCAGAAAUCGAAACAUCCGCAGGACAAAAUAUUGCUCUCGAACUAUAAAGAGGCUGUGGAAAAGCGGCUCUACAUCCUGAAAGGACAGGGCUACAUCUACACCACGGAUGAGCUCUCCUGAAUGCACACUUGUACACCGGAUACUGUACGUGCGUGUAUGUGACAAACGUGCACCGACGGCAAUGGAUUCCUUUUUUCACCCUCAAUUCUGCUUAUUUGAAAGAUGCGUUUCUUUAAAAAAAUAAAUAGAAAACCCCUAUUGAAAGUUUCCCAACUGUACCAUGAGGAAGGUAUUAAGAUUUGUUCGGGUGAAAAAAUGAUUCUUUCAUUCAGAUUAAUGUGAGGCAGUUGUAUUAAAAAGCCAAACACAAGGAAAACCCGUGUGGAAUUUGAUUUUUUUUUUGUAAAUAGUAGUAAAGCUCUGAGAUCGAGGAAUGGUUCAGCGACAAGAAUCCGGCAUCCCGAGUCCCCUUUACCGAGCCUUUACCGUUUGAUGCGCGAGGACAUAUUCGACCACACCACUGGUAGAGAGCAAUACAGUAAAGCUGGUGCUAGUCACGAGCAGCAGGAUUGUGUAGAUAACGAUAAGUACCGUGCCGUGUAGGUUCUGAGACACACAGUCCAGUCCAGGAAAUGUUUUCUUCCUACAAACUCCAAACCAAGCUUGUUAGUAUGCGAAGAAAAGUUCACAAAAGAGGAAAGCUAAUAUCAAUAAAACAAAGUGUAAAAGAAUAGAUAUCGGGAUGCAUGCAAUAUUGCCUGGAGGAAGAUCUGUCCGGAGACAGAAAAGUAGUAAACCAGCCGAGCAAAAUGCUUAUACGACGCUGUACAGCACCGUAGCUGCUGAUCGUAUUCGAUCGCGUUUCAUUGACAUACUGCAGCAGAAGUUUGUUUGUCCCAACGCGCCACGCUCACGUUACAUUGCGUUUAAGUGUAUCGGACACCCCGUCCGACGGGUUAAUAUAGAGAUGUGUAUUAUAGUAAAGACAUGUGAGACAGAUGAUCAUUCGAAUGGGAUGGCACUAAGAGAUCCAGAUCGAAGGGUAAAGCCUGUAAAGGAAGUGUUAAACGUUUGGCUAAUGCAUGUGCUUGUAUUCAAAGCUUUCCCUGCCUUUUUUCUGUUUUAAGCUUGGAACGGAAAACCCCCCCAAUCGUGGUACUGGUAUAGAUCGAAGAAUAAUAGUACAAAUGUGUGUGUGUGCAGCGAAAGGAAUCGGAGCAGUAAAUUCGCUUUUUGAUCAGCGAGUGUUGGAAUUGGCUGGUGGGGUUUGAAUCUCGUUUACAGUACGAGAGAAGAGGGAUGAUGACGAUAAUGAAGUCUAACAAACGCUUUGUAUACAACUACAAAAAGGAAGCAAAGGCACACAGGAGUUAAUAAAAAACCUGUACCACGUGUAUAACAUUUCGUACGAUGACAUACUAACUUCCUUUUUAUGCGUAUGUUAUCCAUCGGCUGGAAUGGAAAUUAAAGCAAACUAAAAGGAACUAACGGAAAAUGUGUCACCAUGUACUGUUAAAUCCGUAAAUGCAGCAACUCCAUAAAUGGAGCGAUCAACACAAAAAAACACUUAGGUUAACGAUCAUUUUGAUCGGGCAUUCGGGGGUUGAACAACCGUGCUGUAUAUGAACAAAAUACUAAACAACGUAACUAUAUCCAACAGACGCAGCUGCCGACGGCAGUGCCACUAGUCUAAUAAUGUGAGCGUGUUUGCCACGUUCGUCUCGUUACGAAGCCCCAGCCCCUCACCCGGGGAGAUAUGUGUUACGAGAAAUGUAUGAAAAGCAAAUAACGUGAAAAAGGAAUAAAUAAUAAAAUUCUAUAACCAAA